GAGGGAAGCCGCCGCUCGCCGUUCCAAUUCAUUCCAUCCCACCCUUCCAAAUUCAUUCGUCCAUCCGAGGAUCGAUGGCCGCCGUGAAGAAGGUGGUGGUGAAGCUGGACCUGCACGACGACACGGGGAAGCGCAAGGCGAUCAAGGCCGUCUCCGCUCUCUGUGGUAUCGACGAGAUCGCCGUGGACAUGAAGGAGGACAAGAUGACGGUCGUGGGCACGGUCGACCCCGUCCACGUCGUCGGCAAGCUGCGCAGGCGCUUCUGCGCGGUGCAGGUGGUCUCCGUCGGUCCGGCCAAGGAUGAGGAGAAGAAGAAGGAGGUCUCCGCCGGCCCGGCCAAGGAGGACGAGAAGAAGAAGAAGAAGGCCAGCCGAUUGAUCGAUCGGGAUUCAUCAGCCUACCUGCACCGGUGACCGACGGCGUGCGUUAUAUAUAUGGCCGUGUGAGCUAAAUAUUGCACCGGUGAUCCGGCAGCUUGCUGCGCAUCCGCUGAGCUUGCCAGAUACGGAAUUACAGUGUGGAGAAGAACUACUACUGGUAAUAAAUAAAACUGCUGCAUGCAUACAUUUGGGUUUUGAAUGUACGCCGUUCGUUAUGACAUAUAUAGUCCUUUGUCCUUA